CCCGCUGCCGGGCCUAGCCCACGGCUCUGCCUGUCGCGCAGCUCCGCCCGGGCGGAGAGACUGGCUCAGCUCGCACUCCGGAGACUUCGCGACCGAGGCGCCGGAGAGAAAGGGCUUGUCAGAGAGAGAGCUCGGCAGCGAGAAACCUCCCCCGCUCACCGCCGCGAUUCGUUAUUUUUUUGUUCCUUUUCCCUUUUUUUCUUAAAAAAAAUCCCCCCCCCCUCCACCUCCCUUCCCCCCUAGUUACAAAAAAAAAAUACCAAACACCGCAGAAGAAAUGGUGGAUUACCACGCCGUCAAUAACCAGCAGUAUUCCGGUGGCGGCACGCAACCUUACAUGCAACAGGACGAUGAGUGGGACCGGGACCUGCUUCUCGACCCGGCCUGGGAGAAGCAGCAGAGGAAGACCUUCACAGCCUGGUGUAACUCCCACCUGCGCAAGGCCGGGACUCAGAUCGAGAACAUCGAGGAGGACUUCAGGGACGGGCUGAAGCUCAUGCUGCUGCUGGAGGUCAUUUCAGGCGAGCGGCUGCCCAAGCCGGAGAGGGGCAAGAUGAGGGUGCACAAGAUCAACAACGUCAACAAGGCCCUGGACUUCAUCGCCAGCAAGGGGGUCAAGCUGGUGUCCAUCGGGGCUGAGGAAAUCGUGGACGGGAACUCCAAGAUGACCCUGGGAAUGAUCUGGACCAUCAUCCUGCGGUUCGCCAUCCAGGACAUCUCCGUGGAAGAGAGUUCGGCCAAGGAGGGGCUGCUGCUGUGGUGCCAGCGCAAGACGGCCCCCUACAAGAACGUCAACGUGCAGAACUUCCACAUCAGCUGGAAGGACGGACUGGCCUUCAACGCCCUCAUCCACAGACACCGGCCCGAGCUCAUCGACUACGACAAGCUGAGGAAGGACGACCCGGUGACCAACCUGAACAACGCCUUCGAGGUGGCGGAGAAAUACCUGGACAUCCCGAAGAUGCUGGACGCAGAAGACAUUGUGAACACGGCUCGCCCCGAUGAGAAAGCCAUUAUGACCUAUGUGUCCAGUUUCUACCAUGCCUUCUCUGGAGCUCAGAAGGCCGAGACGGCAGCCAAUCGCAUCUGCAAGGUGCUGGCGGUCAACCAGGAGAACGAGCACCUGAUGGAGGAGUACGAGAAGCUGGCCAGUGACCUGCUGGAGUGGAUUCGCCGCACCAUCCCCUGGCUGGAGAACCGGGCCCCGGAGCGCACCAUGCACGAGAUGCAGCAGAAGCUGGAGGACUUCCGGGACUACCGGCGCGUCCACAAGCCGCCCAAGGUGCAGGAGAAGUGCCAGCUGGAGAUCAACUUCAACACCCUGCAGACCAAGCUGCGCCUCAGCAACCGGCCCGCCUUCAUGCCCUCGGAGGGCAAGAUGGUCUCGGACAUCAACAACGCCUGGCACAGCCUGGAGCAGGCCGAGAAGGGCUACGAGGAGUGGCUGCUGAACGAGAUCCGCCGGCUGGAGAGGCUGGACCACCUGGCCGAGAAGUUCAGGCAGAAGGCCGCCAUCCACGAGGGCUGGACUGACGGGAAGGAGGCCAUGUUGACUCAGAAGGACUAUGAGACGGCCUCUCUCUCGGAGGUGAAGGCCCUGCUGAAGAAGCACGAGGCCUUCGAGAGCGACCUGGCUGCCCACCAGGACAGAGUGGAGCAGAUCGCCGCCAUCGCCCAGGAGCUCAAUGAGCUGGAUUACUACGACUCUCCCAGCGUGAACGCCCGCUGCCAGAAGAUCUGCGACCAGUGGGACCGGCUGGGCACCCUCACCCAGAGCCGCCGCGAGUCUCUGGAGAGGACGGAGAAGCAGCUGGAGUCCAUCGACGAGCUGUACCUGGAGUACGCCAAGAGGGCGGCGCCCUUCAACAACUGGAUGGAGGGGGCAAUGGAGGACCUGCAGGACAUGUUCAUCGUCCACAACAUCGAGGAGAUCCAGGGCCUGAUCUCGGCCCACGAGCAGUUCAAGGCCACGCUGCCCGAGGCCAAUAAGGAGCGCGAGUCCAUCCAGGGCAUCCAGAGCGAGGUGCAGAAGAUCGCCCAGUACAACAACAUCCGGCUCAGCGGCAACAACCCCUACACCUCCAUCACCCCCCAGGCCAUCAACAGCCAGUGGGAGAAGGUGGGGACCGCC